AUGCGUGUGGAGGUUAAGAUCCCUGGUACUCUUGAAAGUUACUGCAUUGAUGAACGUGGAGAUAAACGUGUUCCUACAGAACAACUAUGGCUGGAGACCUUUGUCUGCGGGGUCCUAAGGGCUUAUUCAUAUGCUGACGAUGGUAACGGCGAUGCGAUCAAAAAGAUCGUUGGCGUUCGGAGAUUCAACCCGAUCACGAAUACGGAGAUGGAGCAUAAGUUUCUCAAUGCUGCAGAAAAGCUGUUCUUCAAUGGUUUGGGCUUCCCUACGCAAAGCGACCACCUCGCAGGACUAACAAAGACGCAGGUUCCCAACACAGUCAGUAACCAUCUAGCAUCUGGCCUUUUAAAGUACAUCCACACCACUGGGCGAUAUGCAUCGGGUAUAAACCUAUUUGAAAAGCUCCGAACAAAAGAUGUCGAGGUCUCGUCGUUACUCGCUCGCGUCUUAAUAUCAGCAGAUGAGGAAGUCCAGGCAGUGCGGCUAUUACAUGACGCUUUACAAGAUGUUCCUAUGGACUAUGCUCUUCUAGACUGUCAAGCAGCCUUUUGCCAGAGCAAGAAAGAAUACGAGAUGGCGGUUGAGUGUGCGAAACGAAGCGUCACAGCCGCACCCAGUGAAUUCAGCUCGUGGAUACGGCUAGCUGAAGUCUAUGUCGACAUGGAACAGUGGAAUUUAGCUCUAUUGACGCUGAAUUCAUGCCCGAUGUUUACGUAUCAAGAUAAAGAUUCUCCGAGGCUGCCCAAGCCGUCUCGGAUUCUCCUUCCCAUUCUUCCCGAAAGCAUGCUGGACGAGAUCGAUGAAGGACAGCCAAAGCAAGGAGACCCCAUGGACAUUGUUAGCCCUAUGUUAUCCAAACUACAUGCGUCAAGCUACCAAGGGACCUUCCUGAAAGCUUACAGUCUUCUCACUAAAAUCGCAGCAGCUAUUGGUUGGGACCAACUUUUGAAAAUCCGCAGCGAAGUGUUUGUGAUGGAAGAAGAAUACAGAGUAGAGCGACAAACAAAUUCGGCUCGGCCCGUGGCAACAAGCAACAACGCGAGCACGGUAGCAAUUCAUGAGACUUCUAGCACAGCGUCGGGCAUUAAUGGAAACGGAAUCCAUGAUACCAACGGCGCCGAAGAAAGUGUAGCCCAAAAUAGUGAUACUGACCCGGCAUCCGAAGAGAAUAAUAAAGUAGAAAACAUUGAAGCUCAAUCGAUCGAAUCCAAAAUUGAGAAGCCCGAACAGAGUAUGGCAUCGGAGGUGGUGAAGUCUGGGGGUGAAGAUCCCGAUACUUCGAAAACCUAUACACAGUUCCACAACAAACGUUUAUGCGAGAGGUGGCUUGACAAUCUAUUUAUGGUUUUAUACGAAGACUUACGGGUCUAUACGAUCUGGCGUAGCGACUUUGCCCAGUCCCGUGCACAGUCAGCGGAGUAUAAAAAGUCUGCCACAGAAUGGGAGAUCUUGGGAGAACUGGCAGAACGACUACAUCAUUUUAACGAAGCCGUUGAAGCGUAUCAACAUUGUUUACAGAUCCGCUUUUCACCCAAGGCGCUAAAAGGUAUCCUGAAAAUGUACGAACGGCAAAACGAUACGAGGGGGAUGCUCAAUGCACUGAUCAGGCUUAUCGCCUGGCAAUACCGCUGGUAUUCAGAGUUCUCCCCUGAGCUUUUGUAUACCAUCCGGAAGCUCAUUGAAGAAGAAGGCGCCGUUAAGGUCCGCAGUAUUGUGCAGGCGACAAAUCUACCUCAACCCAUAUUAGAUCUAACACACCACUAUUGUCAGCUCUGUGCUACAUUUAGAAGCACCGGCAGCGACAGUUGA